UUCGGCGCCAUUUCAACAUAAAUGGUUUAACUCAAUCAUACAUCACUGUACAUUGUGCCAUCUAUCGACUAAGAAAUAUAAUGUUGACAUUGCGUAGUUUUGACGAUUCGAAUCGAGUACGGAUUUUCCUGAUUUUUUCGAAUUUGAUAAUUAUGGAAACAUUACAAUGGUUAAAUGAAACUGAUGAUGAUAAUGAUUAUCUAAAUGUUUAUAAAAUCGAUCCUGUCAACGUCAUUAUACAGGACAAACAAAUGCCGAUAAUACGUACAUCAUCGUUGAUUAUUUUACGAAAUCUAAUGGAACCAUUAUCAACGAUAACCAAAGAUAUUCUACAAAUGUGUUAUUAUUUUCAUAUUGAUCAUCAUUCUAUCAUAAGUCAUAGUAUUGAAUUUUUUGAUAAAUUUUUUGAAAAUAUUCUCGAUUUAGCUAUUUCAAAAUCGAUAAUUUGGUUAUCAAACAAAUCGAUUGUUUUGAACGAUAUAUCGAUUGAUUUUGGUUCGAAAUUGAAAAUGAUCCAUGAUUAUGGUGAAUGUUUUGAUUAUCUUUAUUUAAUCCUAUUUGGUUUUGAAAUUCCCGGGAAUAUUCGUGAUUUAUAUGAUCGAAAUUAUUAUCGUACGUUAUGUAUUGCUAUCUGUAUAUUGAUUGCUAGUCAAGUAUAUGGUGAACAAUUAUCUAUCAAAGCUAAAGAUAUUUCUCAUCUUAUGCAACGAAUCCAAGCACCUGCUGAACUUUGUCAAAUCGAAACUAUUCGUUCAAUUGAAAUUAAUAUUUUAAAUUCAAUGAAUUAUAAUACAACAAUCAUCAAACCAUUGAAUAUUCUUGUCGAAACAUUACUAUCGAAUGUAAUCGGUUUCAUCAAUCACCAUCAUAAUAUAAAUGUGGAUAAUUUUUUAAAAAUUUCUCAACUGAUUACGGAAAACUAUUACCUAUUAAGAUAUGAAAUUGUUUGGCAAUUAUUUCGAAAUGAAUACCGAAUCGAAUUUGAUAUCACUUCCGUUGAACAUAUUAUAUCAUUUGAAAAUUUAUAUCGUAAUCGAAUGCUGAUCGCUGCCGGUAUUGUUGCAUCAGUUUUUUAUUUGAAUCAAUCAAAAAUUUCGAAUCAUCAACCGGAUGAAAUUCUACAAUUUCUAUCCAAUAUGAUCGCCACCGUAUCGAUCGAUCGUAUUCGACAAUGUCGUGAUAUUAUGAUUCAACUUAUUUGUUAGUUAUAGUUAGUUAUUAUCAUUUUUUAUUGAUAUGGCUAAAUAUACAGAAGAAAAACAUCAUAUAUAUUAA